GUGCAGAUAACAGUUUAAGUCAUGAUGUAUUUAUAUAUGACCUCAAGUUUUCAUAUUUCUGUUGUCAGUUUUUAUAGAUAACUAAUCUAUACAGUUAAAGUUUUAAUUCAAACAGUUUUAGGUCAGCGGCAAAUAUCUGAUGUUUGUGUUUUAAAUAAUAAACUCUUGGGAUUUUUAUUCAUAUACUAAGAUGGAAUGGCGUACGGUAGAAAUACGUGAUGAGAAGGGUGACGGGUUUGAUACAGUACAAUGUGAAGAUAUGGUGUUUCCUAAACAGUUCCUACAUAUACAACCAGAUGUCAGGAUGAAAGAUAUAAAGGAAUUUAAAUAUCGUGACGGCGAUGUUCUUAUAUGUAGCUACCCGAAAACUGGAACUCACUGGGUGUUCAACUUGGUACACUUCUUGAUGGCACCAGGUCCAGUAGAACAAAAAAUAAUGCCGAGUCCAAGACUAAUAGAUCUACACCCUUUAGCAGAAAUAGAACAACUUACAAGCCCACGUGUUGCUAUAACUCAUCUGAAACCAAACAGACUUCCGGUGGAACAUUUGCAAGCGCGCGGGAAAAUCAUAUUGCUUGCCCGCAACCCUCGUGACACCAUGGUUUCACACAUGUACCAUACACAACGUCAUGAGGUUUUCAAUUUCAGCAAAUUAUCAUGGGACUGUUUCUUUGAUAACUGGACCAAAGGACAAAUCCCGACAGGAUCGUACUUUGAUUACUACAAUAGUUGGGAGAAAUCUUUACAAGAACAAAAUACAAACCUGAAUGUGCAUAUUGUGUUUUACGAAAACUUGAUCAAAGAUGGCCUAGGGGAGCUGAAAAAGUUACAGCAAUUUCUUGGAGUGACCAACACCGAGGACAGGUUAAAUCAAAUACUGGAUAGAUGUUCAUGGCGGAGAAUUAAGGUCGAUGUUAAAACAGGGGAACAACCGGCGCAGCCAGACCAAUCUGAACUUACCAGGAAAGGCGUAAUUGGUCACUGGAGGAGUAAAUUUACUGUUUCACAAGAUGAAAUGUUCAACAAAAUACUGGAGCAGAAAUUUAAAAACAGCAUGUUUAACAAGCCUAUCUAAGCUUAUUUUGACAUUGAUUCAAAUGUAUUUUGUUCUUCUUUUUUCUGUCUGUUAGUAAAACACACGGUUUGAUUUAAUAGUUAAUAAAUAAAUUCACUGACCACUGAUAACCAGGAUUCAAUGACGUCACACAUGGACGUCAUUAUUGUUAUUAUGAAGUACCUCUAGACGCUUGCAAAAUUCUUGAUCACAAAAUAAACAAAUAUCAUUUUUUUUCUCGCCGAUUAUUACAUUUUUAUGCAUUUACAUACAAAAAUCGGUGUGAAAAGAUGAAUUAGAUCCUUUUGUAGUUCAUUCCGUUGGGUAAAAAGCAAGAUUUUAGCAUUUUAUCAUUCAAGCGCCUUAAUUGUCCGGUAUAUACCUGAAUACGGUAUUUAGUUUGGUGAUCUUUUUUUUUAUAGUUUCACUCGUUAUUAUAUUAUAUUGUUCAUGAUGCAUAACAGUUCUGUAAAAUAAUCAACAUAAUUAGAACAUACAGUAUAUAUAUAAACAAUGUAUAAAAUAGAUGCAACAAUAGAAAAUGAAAAAAAAAACGAUUUUUCGAGAAAUAUUCGAAACAAAGAGCCAAUGUGUAAAGUUAUACCAAAUGAAUAACUGACUAUAUAAACAUGUUUGCAAAGUAUAGAGCCGGGAUACAUUCACACCAGUACAGAGCCGGGAUACAUUCACAUCGGUAUAGAGCCGGGAUACAUUAACACCAGUAUAGAGCCGGGAUACAUUCACAUCAGUAUAGAGCCCGGAUACAUUCACAUCAGUAUAGAGCCCGGAUACAUUCACAUCAGUAUAGAGCCCGGAUACAUUCACAUCAGUAAAGAGCCGGGAUACAUUCACACCGGUAUAGAGCCGGGAUACAUUCACAGCAGUAUAGAGCCGGGAUACAUUCACUUAAAUAUAGAGCCGGGAUACAUUCACAGCAGUAUAGAACCAGGAUACAUUCACUUAAAUAUAGGGCCGGGAUACAUUCACACCAGUAAAGAGCCGGGAUACAUUCACUCAAAUAUAGGGCCGGGAUACAUUCACACCGGUAUAGAGCCGGAUAAAUUCACACCAGUAAAGAGCCGGGAUACAUUCACACCAGUUUAGAGCCAGGUUAAUCUUCACACCAGUAUUUUCGGUCCAAGUCAUAUAUUAGUACGUUGAUAUAACAAUGUUCCAAACUAGUUAAGACAGUUUUAAAUUCUAAACAGGAAAAGUUCAAUCCCUAUAAAAGAAUACUUCAAAAUGAUUAAAGACAGUGCAUGAAAAGUUCAAAAUAUACAUACAGUAGGGUAAUAUUUACCAUUACAGCCUUUGUUAAUGUAAUUGUAAUCAGGUAAUUUUGUUGUUUAUUUUAUAUUAGAUCUUUUUCUAAUAAAUGUUAUAUGGAAGAAUGAAAUAGCUUUAUGUCACUUAUACAUUAUCCUUAACAAGUUUUUAUCUAACAAAAUAUAUGUUCAAAUACAUUUGUACCUUGUAAGCCAGUUAUGACAUUUUCAUGACAUUUGCAUGUUCAGUGAUAAAAAGAAAACUAGA